UUUAUGUAUAUAACUCGUCCUUCAAAAUAUUGACCGACUCAAAAUUUGUAAAUUUUAUUUGACUGUGCAUUCAUCAAGGAUUUUAAAAGUAGGUAUUUCUGCCUAGUUGUGUUUCAUAAGGUGAAAUAUACAAUUUAGUUCAUUCAGUUUAACUAAUUAAGUUUUCAAUCCAGUACAUUUUAUUUCGCUUUUUUCAGUAAUGGAAGUUAUGUAACUUAUAGUGAUAGUUGGACAGUCCGUAGUUGACUAUUGAGUUGUGUCAUGUUGCUGCGUGUCUGUUUUACUGCACUAACUUUAAAGUAUUGUACUGAAUUCAUGUUCGUGUGUCCAGGUUCUUGGAAUUAUUGAGUAGAUAUUUAUCAGUUUUGUUAACACCUUGUCGACACAAUUCUGUUUAGAGUGUGAACGACAUUUGAGCAAAUGUAGAUAAAAGUACACAAACUAUGGAGAGUUCUACUGCUUUUUCACUUUGCGUCAUUCUACAUGAUGCAGUAAAAGAGUUCAAAAUACUAGCAAAUGUUGUUGACAUUAUGAGGAAAAAGAAACAGAGAAUCAAUUUAAAUUAUUCAGAAGCCGAAGAAUUUGUUCUUAAACAAAUGAAUAAAAUACUGGAAAAAUACUCGUUUAAAUACAGUGCCAGUUUUCAAGUUAUGCAUAUGAAGGUGCUCAAGGAACUACAGAAGAGUUCCAAAAUCACAGAGUAUCCAUCGACUGCGACAGUCGUUGAAGACUCGUUCUUUUCCACAAAGUACAUGGAGAAACUAAUGAAGGAAAUAUUUUGUUUAAUCGAUGUUCUUGAAAAAUUGGCAGAAGAAAUUCAAAAUACGGGGUCAUGUGAUUCAUUGCAACAAUCAGUUGACAAAGAAGAAUCAGAAUUCAAAGAUAUAGAACAUAUUCUGGAAAGAGAACGUCAAGCUCGUGAGAAAAUCAAGGAAAUGAGACACAAGAUUCAAGAAGAGAAUGAAGAAGGUAUAAAAAUUCUUGAACAAGGCAAAGAAACUAUAGCAUAUUUAAAGGAUCAAGUCCAAGAAAUGAAAGCUAAAAUAAUUAUGGAAGAAAAAUAUAUAACACGUUAUUCUGCAGUAAAAUUAGAAGAAUUCCAAAGUCAAUGUGAUCAAAAAGAAAAUGAAAUCAAACAUCAAAUAGAUUUCGUUCAAUCAAAUCGUAACACAGAAGAACGAGUUCAUGCAGAGAUUACAUCUUACUUAAAUGAUCGUAUAUCAUACUUAAGAAAGCAUGAAAAAUUCUGGAAAGAAAAGUCUGAUAAAGAUAUUACUCAGUUCAAACAAGAGUUAAAUGAGCUCAAAGACAAAAAAGAAAAGAACUUAAGUAAACUUAGUGAAUUAUCUUUAUUGUAUAAAGAAUAUGAAGCCGUAGUUCUGUCUGAUCGAAUUGAAAAAGAGAAAGCUCGUCAAAGAGAAGAACAAGAAGAGUUAGAAUUGUUCGCAGCUUGUAAAAUUCAAAAUUGGUGGCGUACUGUUUGCGUUCAACAUAAUCUUGGUCCUUUCGGUUACUUGAAUUUCAGCGAUCAAUACUCUCAUCAUAUGGUACUUGGGGAUAUUCGUCCGUCCGUGAUGGUAUUGCCUAAAAACUAA